AUGGAGUUUAUAAAUACUAAUAAUAAUACAAAUAAUCAGAUCAUUGAUGAUGAAACAAAACGAAUAGGAGUAUUAAAUGAAAUAUUCCAAAGUGAAGAAACAUAUUGUGCAUCUCUUGAUCGAUUGAUUAACAAUUACUUGGAACCUGCAAUCAAUGAAAACAUAGUAAAGAAGGAAGACAUAUGGAUUCUAUUUAGCAACAGCUUGGCGAUAAGAGAGCAAAGUAAAAGAUUCGUUACUGCUAUGCGACUUGAAAUAGAGAGGGGAUCUUUAAACUAUGCUCAAUCUUUUAUGGAUACAAUAUCAUAUCCUCCCUACCUUGUCUACGUUGUAGACUAUCAACAAUCUCUACAAAGACUGGAGAAACUAAAGACACAGUCCACAACGUUUAAAGAGUUCCUACAAAGACGAAAGAAUGUGGCUAUACAACAAGGUGAAGCAUUUGCUUUGGAUCUAGAGUCAUACUUGAUUAUGCCAGUUAGUCGAUACCCUCGAUACCUCCUUUUAAUCAAUGACCUUCUUCGAUACUCUCCUCUUCCUCAUCCUCACCAUCAACACAUUAAACAAGCAUCGGAUCAAAUUAAAUAUGAUUUAAAAGUAAUGAAUGACCAAUUAAAAGAAAUGACUGAUGAUAACAAGUUAACGUCCAACAGUCAAAACAAUUGUACUAUAAUGUAA